CAAACACACUCUCUUAAACCCUUCUCUCCUCCUCUCCCCUCGCCGUUUGCAUCAGCGCAUUUCUCUCUGUCGCUCGCCUCGCAGCUUGAUUUUUCUCUGCGGCUGUAAAUGGCUCUACCGAACCAGCAAACCGUCGAUUACCCUAGCUUCAAGCUUGUCAUCGUCGGCGAUGGAGGCACUGGGAAAACUACAUUUGUGAAGAGACAUCUUACUGGAGAGUUUGAGAAGAAGUAUGAACCUACUAUUGGUGUGGAGGUUCAUCCUCUAGAUUUCUUCACAAACUGUGGCAAGAUCCGGUUUUACUGCUGGGAUACUGCUGGGCAAGAGAAAUUCGGUGGUCUAAGGGACGGAUACUACAUCCACGGACAGUGUGCCAUCAUUAUGUUUGAUGUUACAGCUCGUCUGACAUACAAGAACGUUCCUACAUGGCACCGUGAUCUCUGCAGGGUCUGUGAAAACAUCCCGAUCGUUCUUUGUGGAAACAAAGUCGAUGUGAAGAACAGGCAAGUGAAGGCCAAGCAAGUCACUUUCCACAGGAAGAAGAAUCUCCAGUACUAUGAGAUUUCUGCUAAGAGCAACUACAACUUUGAGAAGCCAUUCUUGUAUCUCGCCAGGAAACUCGCCGGGGACCCGAACCUUCACUUUGUGGAAUCACCAGCUCUCGCUCCCCCUGAAGUUACAAUCGACUUGGCUGCUCAACAGCAGCACGAGGCUGAGCUUGCGGCAGCAGCGAGUCAGCCACUUCCGGAUGACGACGACGACACAUUUGAGUAAGAGAGGUUGGUGUGAUCUCUGUGUUACCUUGGGAGAAUGUUACCGUUGCUGUUGGGAUAUAUGCUUUUGGGGACUGGAUGUUACCUAUAAUCAUCAACGUAUUUUGCUUCCUUCUAUUUUCCGGGUUUUGGCUGUAGAGGAAGAGUUUUAUAUACACCUCCGGUUCUAUAAGAAGAAAAAAACGUAGUUGGGAGCUUUAUCUUGAGAAGAUGUGACUCUGGGUGUUUGGUUUUUGCUGCUAACAUCAUCUGGUUCAUAUAAUGCCUUGUUUGAUGGGGUUUGGUCAA